UUUAUGUCGUUAUCCUUGUUGUAAUGAUGUUAUAAAAGUACACGGCUAGUUUAUAAUGUCUGUCCAUAUAAUGAUAUAUUCCGAGACCAGUGACUGAGUGAGUGAGGGGGCGGUACAGUUUGUAUGAUUACAUCGUUUUAAGUGUUUGUUUUACAUUUAAUUGUAUUUGGUCCUGGUUAACAGAAUUGUCUCCUCAAACAGUUUUUGUCAUACAACCUGGCAAUGGUCAAGACAAUGCUGUGAUUAAAAGGAAUUACUGAGAAAUCAAUCGUAAUUUUACGAAAAACAAAAGAGGAAGUAAAAAGAUGGAAAUUCCGAUGACGUAAUGGGUUUUUAUAACAGAGAAAACAGCCGAGGUGGCACAGACAAGCCAAUCGAGCUUGUCAUCGGAACAGUGAAUCUUUCCCAAGAAUGUCAUAACAUUUAGAAGCAUCAAGUCAAAGACCAAGUGUUAAUUUAACGUAAGGUAACUGCUCCUUGAGACAGCCCAGUGAAACAAGUCAACCUUGUCAGUGGAGUAGUCAAACUUCUCUGGGGAAUUCAUAAAGAUACAAGUCGAAGAGCAUUGUCGGACACUGGUGAGAAGUGCCUAGAUGUCUUCACAGAUAGAGACGAGCCAAAGCAUGUAUACCUAACUCAAAGACUCGGUUUUGGAUCUAAUACAACACCAGCAUCAACAUUAUCUUCUGUCCUGAAACCAACUAUAAGGAUGUCUGCCAAGUAUACUUCCACCAAAGAAACGACUAACUAUGCCCGGAUAUGUAGACUGGUCAUUGAUGUCUUCCCUGACGUCUUCAGAGAAUUACUCGUCACUCGACUGCCAUCUGGACUCCCUUAUGUACUUUCCAGUCAAAAGGGUCAGAUUAUCUCCCAGUUAAAUAAACAACAGAAGAAAAUGCUUUACCCCUCAGGUGGAGUGUUCCAAGGUUCUGAGAAGGAUAUGGAUGUUUCUUUACUUUAUAUCCUUCUAAGGAAUCUAGGGAACAUCACUCCUCAUGGAAAGGGUUGGGGUAAUGUUCCAGAUGCUGCAGACCGUUGUCUGUCAGCAAACAUUGAUCGUCUACGGAUACACAGAAAUGAGAUAGUGCAUGCCAACAUUGCAUAUCUUUCUAAUAGUGACUUUAGGACGAGGUGGGCCGACAUCCGUCAAAGUGUUGAGGACAUACAGAACAGCGAUCUGAAGACAGGGAUGUUUGUACAAGCCGUGGAUAGUAUACUGACCAUGACCAUGGACCCAGAUGUAGAGAGGAAGUACAUAACUCUUGUAAAGAAGAUAGAAGGGGAAAUCAGUGACAUCAAAGAGAGGCAAGAGGAGAUGGCAACAAACUUGGAUAAUCUCAAAGGAACUGUUGAUAAUGUGAGUGAUGAAGUUGGUGCUGUGAAGGAAGAUGUCAGUGCCCUGAAACAUUUUUCAUCGACAAUUGAAGGGAGGGAUCCUAAGUUGACGGCUAUGAUAGAUACAACAAAGUCUACAAUUCAGACAGAAAAAGAAAACAACCAGUUUUUUCCUACCAAAAGUCUCCAAGAUGCCCAUCAAAAACUUCUAGAGAACAAGAUCGUUAUAAUCCAGGGAAACUCGGGGGACGGGAAAUCAUCUACUGCACUUGAACUUCUCCGUUUGCUGUGCUGUAAUGAAGAGGAGGGGCAACAUAAACGAUGUCGACAACCACUACAACUACACGACAUAAAAGACAUGGAUUGGGUGGCACCAAAAUCACAAUUAGUUAUUUAUUUUGAUGACAUCUUUGGAAAGAAUGUUGUGUGUCAGGAAGAUGUGAAAGAAUGGGAGAAACGAGAAAAAGAAAUUAAUGCAAAACUUUGUGGAAAUGAAUCUGAGUCCAAUUAUCUGGUCAUUACAAUUCGUAGUGGAAUUUUUAAUUCUUUAAGUGGCCUUGGAAAAUUAUUUACUAAAGAAAACAUUGUUGACCUUAGCCAGUACAAAGAAGAAAAAGAAAAACUUGCAUUGUUAAGGUUGUAUCAACCAAAAACUGAAUUUGUUAAAUGGACAGAUGAUGAGGAGAAACAGAUUGUGGCCUCGGCCCCAGACAUUGGGUUUCCACAGUGUUGUAGAUUAUUUAGGGACACACCUAGUUUACAAACAGAGAGAGUCAAAUUCUUUGAAAGACCUCUGCAUUAUUUUAAAUCCUCUUUAUCUAAAUUAGAAGACGGGAAAUUUCAUGGUCUGCUGUAUCUGUUCCUCAAUGGCGGCUCAGUUGUAGAACAUGAUUUAGACCCUUCCAUUGAAAAUAUUGAGGAAAGUGAGAAAAUGAAAGCAGCAUUUGCUUUUGAUGUAGUAGAAGUUAACCUAACACCUGAGCUUAUUCACAAAAUAGAGAAAAAGAAAGCUGAAUUUGUAAAGAAGUCAUUAAAAUGCCUUUUGGGUUGGCUGGUGAAAAAAGAUUCUAUACAAAAAAAAAAAAAUGGAGAAUAUUAUCCUUGUUUCAAAUUCAACCACGACUCCAUUGAGGAAACAGUGGCACUUCUGUAUGGAGAGGAAACUCCCAUUGGCUACAUGCUGAAUUGUCCCAGAAAGUUCCUCAGUUAUGUAACUACAACAAAAAACACCCCAAACAGGAGAGUUAUAUCAUCUGAUAAUCAAACCAAUGCCAUGUAUAAACGUAUAGUGACAGAGUUUCAAUCUGUUGAUCCUAAAAGUGACUUGUAUUUGAGUGAGUAUGACUAUUUAGCUACAUUAGAUGUAUGGACAGACACACUGUUUCUACAGGGAUUUAUCAGAUGGCUAAGUGGUCAGAAUGAUGACAAAAACUUACACCAACUGAUAAAAGGUGCCUUGUUAAAUGGAGCUUGCUCUAUUGGUUUAGAAGAUCAUUUCUCGUAUCUCCUUUCUGUGGGUGCCACAACCGACAACGAUACACCGUUUUGUGUAGUGAAGGGUGGGAAUGUACGACUACUGACGGAAAUACUAAUGAAUGACGUCAUUCCUACAGCGAGGGCACGCAGGUCACGAUCAUCAUAUUAUACUGAGAAUAUCAAUGUCCUACACGAGGCGUGUUUGUUUGAGAGAGAAGAGAUGGUGACCAUGUUGUGUGACACUUACCCAGACUUGGUACAUGAGACUGAUGACGAGAGACAAAGCAUGCUCCAUCUUGUGGCACAGACAGGAAACGUUGGUAUAUUUCAGACAGUGGAGAGAAUGAUACUUAAGUCAUUGUGUAGAGUUGAGGAUGUACAACAUAAGUGUGAGACAGAAGAUGGUCGUGUUGUACAUAGGAGUUGUGUGUGUGGACAGUACAUGUCACAGUUAGUGGACUGGGAAGGGUUUACAAUAUUACAUCGUAGUUGUAGUCAGGGACACAGGGAGCUUAGUUUAGAGCUGUGUACGUUAUACCCAGCACUAACUACAGCUGUAAAUAACGACGGGUGUACAAUAUUACAUGAGAGUUGUGGUCAGGGACACAGGGAGCUUAGUUUAUACCUGUGUAAGUUAUACCCAGCACUAACUACAGCUGUAGAUAACUACGGGUAUACAAUAUUACAUGAGAGUUGUGGAAGUGAACACAAGUUGUAA